UUCGUCUUCGUCGCUCUAACUAUCAUAGAGCAGCUACCUAAGCAAUAUGGAAUCAUGCGAUAUACACUUCUCAUAUAUGCCUAUACUCACUUGGUUUACAUCCAUGGCGUAACCUUUACUAAUUGGCUUUCUUUGUAAAUCAAGACAAAGCAGUCGGGAGCUGGAACGCGCGGACUGAACUGAAAACAAAAGCAGCAACUCGGCUUUCCAGGCUCUUUGUCUCGUACUCGGGGCGAGGUAUGAGAUGGUCGAUUCUUGAGAAGUGCAGCAUCUACGGCUUCUCAUCAUAAGUUGCGGCACCUUUGUAAGACAUGAUAGAGGCAAGCACACCAUUGGGAUGGCCUCAUCUCAUAUUCUAGGAGGCCUAGAUAAUGGCAGCAAACCGCGAAGAACGGGAUCCAUCGUCGCAAGAUCGCAGAAAUAUCCGCCGCCGGCGGCAUUGCCGGAAUAUGUCAAUAGGGCGCUUCCGCCACGACCCGAUUCGAACACUUCGUCCGCGUACGACAGCCUUGACGAGGCCACCAAACGGGCUCCGAUUCCGAAACCUCCUUUGCCGAUCAGCCACUUCAGACAUGACAGCCCGAAUCCAAGCCCGGCGGGUAUCUUGAACGAAGCCGGCCUAGCCAUGGUUCAUCCCCAGUCGAUAACGUCAGCACCGCAACAACUACAACCGCAGAAGAAGUCCCUAGAAAUCGCCGCUCCGCAGCCGAUAUACCCAGCUCCCAUCAUCCUCGACACGCGAAACCAGGACUUCAACAUCGUCAGCCCGGUAUCGGCCGGGAACACGACGGCGAUCGCGCCGCCGCAACCGUACGAAGUCUCGCCGCUCUCGCCGACGUCGUCGCAGCACAGCUUCGGGUUCGCGGCCGACCUGAAGCGCAUCUCGUCCCCGACGACCGGCGACCUAGCCGUGAGCCUGACUCCGAGCGACACGGAAAGCAACGCGGGGCAUCACAUCGACAACAACAACGACAUAAACUUAAAUACCAACGCAAAUACGAACACGAACAUAAACGCGAAGAACAGGAACUUCGUAUACACAGGAACCCACACGGCGCACUCCUCAGACGACCUGGCCGCGGCGCGGCUCGCGUCGCCGCACUCGCAGGUCUUGCAGAUCGACGGCCGGUACAGCGACCCGGGCAGCCCGAUCAGCGGCGCCGUGAUCCACCCGCCGACGUGGUUUCCGUCGCCGUCGGACCCGGACCCGGGCGCGCCGCGCCUCGUCGACAUGCGGGAUCCGCCGCCGCCCGCGUUUACCCUUUUCCCGCCCCCGCCCCAAACGCAACCCCAGAUCCAGGCACAGACACACAAUUUCGUAAACCGUCUCCCGCCUAGACCCAAGUCCCCGUCCCCCGCCUUACGCGAGGAAGACAGUCCGCUGAGCGGCGGCGUGAGCGUAAGCGUUAGCGGAGGAAACUUGGCUAAAACGACCAGCGCGGAGACGAGCGGAAGCGGGAAGAGCGGGACAACAAGGAUCGCGUUCGCGGGCCCCGGCGGCGGCGGCGGCGGCGGCGGCAGCCCCGGGACGAUAAACGAAGGGUUCAAGCGCGCGCGCGCGAACAGCAAGAGGAGCGCUCCGCCGCCGCCUCCGCUAAAGCUAAGCGAGCGCCCGAUCGCGGACGCGUACGUGAAAACGCCGUUCCCGCCCGCGCCGGCGCCGGCGUUGCAGAGGGGCUUGUCGAACCCGACGCAGCGGACGCGGAAGGUGUCUGAGGAUAGGGGUAGGGAUAAGGAUAAGGAGGGUUUUGUUGGGUUUGGAGGGGGGGCUGGUGGUGCGGCGGGGGUGGAGGGGGUUAUGAGGAGGUUGAAUCGCGUUUCGAGUUUGCCGGGUUUCGGGUUCGCGAGGGGGUUGAGGAGGAAUUCGGUGCUUGGGGUUGGGGGUGGGGGUGCAGGGAGUGGUGGUGGAGGAGGUGGAGGGGAGGGGGUGUUGGGGCUGCAGCGGGGGGAUAGGGAGAAAGAAAGGGAUAAGGAGAAACAAAAAGAGAGGGAGAGGGAGAGGGAGCAGCAGAAGCGGAAGCAAAGCGAGGACGUGAGGAAGCUGGAGAAAGAGGGGAGCGCGUCGCCGAUGCCGAAGGUUAAGAGUUUCUUGGAGCGGGCGAGACAGCUGAGUAUGGGGCACGGGUUGGGGAUCGGGAUGGGCUCGGAAGAGGCGAGGAAGGAAAGGAGGAGGGCGGAGAUCAAGAGACAGAUUCGCUUUGGUGAGCCGAGGACGUAAGGGUUCGGAUGGGGUGAGAGCGGGAAAUAGGGGUUGAUUUAGGGGGUGGUCUCACGUGUUUAUUUGACGUAAGUUAUUGUCGAUGUUUAUGUCUAGAUGAGGUAUUUAUAUCUAAA